AUGCUGGUGACCUAUUUGGAAGCCAGCCGGGACCUUUGCGAGACGGACUCAAUUCUUUUUGGCGCCGCGCCGGCAGUCUGCCGUAUCAUAGGCGCCAAGGUUUCCACGGCUGGACGCGCUACUGGCCAUAGUAGCGCUAUCCCAGCAUGGAGAAGAAGAAUUGAGGAACGUAUCGCAAAGGCUAGACCUCUCAUCGGCAGACUGAUAUGCUUCAGAUCAGGCAACAACAGGCCAAGAAUUGUGCGUACCGUCAGGAUGGCGUUUGCUGGGACAAAUGUCAGUUUGUCCCAGCCGGAUAUAACGCAAAAACUGACGGAGCGCAUAGAUGAUCUGAAGCAGAGAAUCGCUGCUUGGGGAAAGCGGAUUCGGCGAUAUACCGAGAGGUCGACACGGUUCAACCAGAAUCGUCUCUUCCAGAGUGAUCAGAAGAGGCUCUAUGAAUCAUUGGAGCGACCAAUGGUAAGUGGAACGGGUCCAGCACCGAAUCAGGCCGACACUGUAGCAUUCUGGCGCGGCCUGUGGUCAGAGCCCGUAAACCACAGCGAGGGCCCUUGGACGGAAGUUGUGGCGAGUCAGUGUGCGGGUAUUACGCCCAUGGACCCCGUCAUCAUAACGCCGGAUGACGUAGCUGAGGCGGUCCGUAGGGCCCCGAACUGGAAAAGUCCGGGGCUUGACGGGCUGCAUCACUACUGGCUGAAGGGGUUCAUGGUGUGUCACUCUGUGCUUGCCCGACAGUUUCAAGAGGCUCUCAACCAGAAGUCGCUCCCAAGCCUCUUCACUACUGGGAUCACUCAUUUGGUUCCUAAAAACCAGGGACAACGCUGCUCUGCCUCCUUACUGCAAUUACUUAAGGAAUUGCAUCAAAGGCUUCCAGUCAACUACAAGGAGCUGGAAUCAAUGGUGUUGCUAAGUCUAGAGGAGGCAAUAAAAGCAAUCAACUCAAACACUAUCAUCGACGUUGCUGAAAUUUUGGGAUAUACACCAGAAAUAAUAAGACAAGAUAAUGCAACAGUGGCACAUUCUACAUAUAAAUAA